AUGCAACGACUGCUCUCUUCCAUCGGUGAGGUAUUGGCUCCUACCUUUCACUCUCCACUUGAUGAUCUCAAGAACCAUUGGAAGUCGAUAAAGUUGUUCUAUUUAGAGCGUAACGAUGGUAUAGAGAAGUUCCAAGAGUAUCAGAUACCAGGUCAUAUUAUAUCGAUGGUUUCAAUAUUGAUUGAUGAGAACAAGUCGAUAGGUGAUGCUGGUCAGUGUCUCGAGUUCUUUCUAAAGAAUAGGAUAUUGGAGACAUUAUGUCACAUUGGUGAGCGUGAUACUCCACCAGGCGUUAGGAAACUCGUUCUCCAGACAACAGUCACACUUUUAGGUGAUAUAUCACUGCCAUUACUACCUCAUAUGAGUGUACACAGACCGAUAUGUAGAUUGAUACAAUCGAUACUCACUGCAAAGCAGCAACAACAGUUACAACAGCAACAACAGUUACAACAGCAACAGAAGAGUAUGUCACCAGCACUGUCCUCUGCCAUACAACGAGGCGCCACCCGAGUCAACAGUCCUGAGAUCACUCGACUGGUGCCAGCACUACUACAACCGAUCAAUCACACACUGGAACAGACCAAUGAUGACAGCGAGUUUGUGACAAUGCUUGACCUUCUCAUCAAACAACUCAAGCUCUAUCCAACACUGUUGGGCUUCUUCCACGAGGAUGGCUACCAACAUGGAGAGAACUUUGUCGUGUUUCAAGGACUGUUGUGUCAUUUGUGGACGGCUGGUGCGAUUGGCGAGCGUGCUCGCAAGGCUAUGAUCGAAUGUCUGGAGCUUAUGCCAGAGUCUAGUGCAACAAGCGACUUCCUCGUUGCCAACAACAACAGAGACAGCAUUCGUCAUGGAGUACUGAUAUCAAAGAUGAAUGGAACUCAUACCUCUGGUGUGUCCCCAAGCAGCAGCAACAACAAUGGCAACAUCACGAUGCCACCUUCACCAUUGAUGGCAGUACAAUCACCAUCACCUCUUAACAGCUCACAAGGAGAUACGGCAAGUCAGGACUUUAUAAUUACCGACCCUUUGUCACUGCUGAAUCACAUCAACUUUAUCAAUCUACAGAUGACUGAACUAUUGAAGAUACACUCAUUGUUACCUCCAACCGUAGCAUCACCAAGCUACUGUGUCUCUGGACCACCAAUUGCUCCAGAGGGAAUAUGCAUUUUGGAGUGCUACAAAGCACGUGUGGCCUUUUGUUCCGAGCUCUCCUUAAUCAAGCAUAACCAGAGCAUUGGUGAAUAUAUUACCAAACUAUGGGAAGACUUGUUCAUCACAGAUACAUUGGGAGUGACUUUGUUACACAACGAGGACUAUCGUGCAGCGACAGCGAUGCUAUACCUGAGAGAGAUAUUACCAUUGUUGCAAGGACCAAUUGGACAAAAGACGAUUACAUUCCUUGUUGGUGAUAGUGUCACUCCAGAGAAAAGAAAGGAAUCCACUGGCAAUGAUUAUGAUGAACUGAUCAUCAAGUCCACUCUGAUAAAAAGGAUAUCACAUCCAAACUAUCAUGUAUCGAUAUCAAGUCUUCGAUUGUUCUCUACACUCCUUAGUCUUCAAAACUUUGCAGUGGUGUACAACUUGAUAUUGGUGAAUCUUCCACCUCCAGUGGAUGACACUGCGACAACGUUCUCAUACCAGAACCUAGCGACAUUGCAGACGGCACAAAAGUCAAUCACGAGAUAUCUGACAUUGAUUGGCAGCAAGUACACAAAUAUUCACCAUGGCGAUGGUCACAUGGCUGAUAUCUUUCAGAACAAGACAUCUUCGCGAACCAAUGGAUACUCUGCCUAUCUGGUGGAUGCUCGCUAUCAGAUUGCCAACUUCACAACUGCCUGUUCAUCAUGGCCAAGCAAGUAUCUCUUCAUAACAAAUGAUGCAUACAACUCACUCAAUGUACAAAAGAACAACAACAACAACAACAACAACAACAAUGUCAUCGAUGACAACAACAACAACAACAAGAGAUAUACAUACAUGGGAUCAUUCCUCGAGGAAGUGUUCAAAGUAUUUUCGAAGAUGCUUACACUUCCAAUGGACAUCAAUAUUGUGAUCACUGGAAUCAUCUCAAAGCUGUGUUACUACCCAUGUCCACAACUCUAUCCCCACCUGGUUCACAUCAUUCAGAGCACGCUCUCAAACUCCACCUCUUCCUCCUCCUCUUCCUCCACAACGAUUUCUCCUCCCUCCAAUUCACCAAUCCAGUCGAUUUACUCCAUUCUGCAAAGUCUAUCAAUUGAAAUAUCAGAUAGAUCCAAGACCUUUAGUUUCUUCAAUGAGGUGUUGGACCAGUUUAGAAUAUACCUGACGGAUGUUUCCACCAUUGACAGCAAUGAAUACAAUAUGCCCAAGAACACACUUCUCAGUGCUCUCAAGAAGGAAGAGAUUGACUUCCUACACGCAGUCAUAAUAGUAGAGGAGUUCUGCAAAGAGAUAGCGUCCAUCAUCCAAGCUCGUGUGGUAUUCUCCAAUAAACACUGA